AUGCUGAGCGACUCUGCCAACGACUCCAGCUUGGCUCCCCCGUGCCCUGACUACCGGAGCACCCACCGCCUGCACAUGGUGGCCUACAGCCUGGUGCUGGCCGCCGGGCUCCCCCUCAACGCGCUGGCCCUCUGGGUGUUCCUGCGCGCGCUGCGCGUGCACUCCGUGGUGAGCGUGUACAUGUGCAACCUGGCGGCCAGCGACCUGCUCUUCACCCUCUCGCUGCCCGUGCGCAUCUCCUACUACGCCCGGCACUACUGGUCCUUCCCCGACCUCCUGUGCCAGACGGCGGGCGCCAUCUUCCAGACGAACAUGUACGGCAGCUGCAUCUUCCUGACCCUGAUCAACGUGGACCGCUACGCGGCCAUCGUGCACCCGCUGCGGCUGCGCCACCUGCGGCGGCCCCGCGUGGCGCGGCUGCUGUGCCUGGGCGUGUGGGCGCUCAUCGUGGUGUUCGCCGUGCCCACCGUCCUGGUGCACCGGCCCUCGUCCUGCAGCUACAACGGCAGCCAGGUGCACCUGUGCUUCGAGAGCUUCGGCGACAACCUGUGGAAGGGCAAGCUGCUGCCGCUCGUGCUGCUGGCCGAGGCGCUGGGCUUCCUGCUGCCCCUGGCGGCCAUGCUCUACUCGUCGGGUCGCGUCUUCUGGACCCUGGCGCGGCCCGACGCCACGCGGAGCCAGCGGCGGCGGAAGACCGUGCGCCUCCUGCUGGCCAACCUCGUCAUCUUCCUGCUGUGCUUCGUGCCCUACAACGCCACGCUGGCGGCCUACGGGCUGCUGCGGGGCAACCUGGUGGCGGCCAGCGGCCAGGCCUGCGGCCGGGUGCGCCAGGUGCUCAUGGUGAUGGUGCUGUUGGCCGGCGCCAACUGCGUGCUGGACCCGCUGGUGUACUACUUCAGCGCCGAGGGUUUCCGCAACACCCUGCGCGGCCUGGGCACUCCGCUCCGCGCCAGGACCUUGGCCACCAACGGGGCUCAGGGGGCGCUUGCCGAACGGCCCAUCGAGAGCACCCUCGUCACCAGUCCGGCUACCGCCAGUCAGGAGCUGCUUGGGCCUUCCAACUUCGGGACGCCCUUGACCCAGCGCCCCGAGGACUCGGCCCUCUGAACGCACAUCGUGCGGUCGCGUGCCUGUGUGUUCACCCCCACCUCCCCGCCCCGCCCCGCGCCGCUCACACGCGCGCUCACAGGGUGUGUACGUGAGGGAAGUGAAUUGGGCACUUGGACUUCUGGGUGGCAACUGCUGCCCAUAAAUGCAUGAGAGAACAAAGUGCGGGGAGCCAGAGGCACAGGGGAGGAAGAGUGCUGGUGGAAAUGCCUUCUUUGCUUUGGUGGUGAUGGGGAGCAUGGGGCAGAUCCCUUCCCCAGUCCCGAGGGAGUGAUGCAGUAAGCUUCCCCAGUGCAGAGGCAGACAACUGGAUGACGUGCCCUUGGUGUGGGCAUGAAACACUAUGGAGAGCUGGUAGAUGGAGCAGAAAAUGAGUGUCCUGGAUUUAGACCAACCACGGCAGUCUUAGUGCCUCCGGUGCCACCCACUCUCAUUUCCACCUGGCCUUGCCCUGCCCAGCAUGGAGGCAGGAUACAAGAGUUUACUGGAUACAGACAGAAUCGGUUUCAUUCUUGGUUAGUGACUUGUAACAAUUUAGACCUGACACGCAGCAUGGGGUGGUUGGGGGCAGGAUAGAACUGUGAGUUAGAGGGCUGUUUUCUCCCCAGAGUCUGGUCCCUGUAGCCCUUUCUAGGUGUCCUUUCUCCUUCCACCCCACCCCACUUCCGAGACCUCCUCCAUUCUAGGUCCUGAAUUCUCUCUGCCUCUGGCGCUUCAUCUAGAAUUAAGGAGAACAUUCUUUGUACUAAAGUAGCAGCUCUCAAACUUUGUUCUCAGACCCUUUUACAAACUCUUAAAAAUCGAGGAUUCCAAAGAGUUUUUGCUUAUACUUUAUUCUUUUGAUACUUAACCAUAUUAGAAAUAAAAACUCGUAAGUCGUAACAAGAGAAACACACAAGCACACCUUCCAUUAGCUGUGAGAGCAAUAAUGUCAUCACACUUCAGGAAGCCUCUGGAAAACUCCACCGUAUACCUGUGAGUAAGGAGAUUGCAAAGGACAAACAACAUAGUGGGAGUAGUAGUAUUCCGAAAAUAACUUUGACCUUGUGGACAUCCUCCAAGAGUCAGUAUUAGAGUUCCCGUGUAACUUCUUCCCAGGGCAUAUGUAUACAUUGUUUUUUAUUACUGCGGGGGACAGGGCAACGCUCCACAAAUCAAUUGCUAAUUGUAGUCCCAAAGGCUUGAGGGUGUGCAGGGGCAGGUAGGAGCUGCACACCCAAUGCAACAUUACUUUGGGCUUCCUGGUGCGGGGGCGGCGGCUCUGAGGUGGGGGUGAACUAGGCACAGUUCACCAAACACGCAGAGGAGGGGUGGGGCUUCUCCUUCCCAGGAAAGGGAGAAGGGGACUGUUGCCACAGCCAGGAAAGAAGUUUCCAGGGAAAUAAGAGUGCAAUGGAAAGACAGGAACGGGCUGUCUGUUCGUAGCAAGCUGGAGGCAAGGAAAUGGAAGACUGGUUAAUGGGCCACCUACUGUUUCCUUCUUCCCUCGUUACCGGAGUAGGGCUGGGAGGGGUUGCAGAGUUGGCAUCUCGAGACUCUGCGUAAGUGAGGAAGUUGCUGCCAUGCGUGUGUCCUGUAUGCAUUUCUCUCGCUAGGUCUCUCAAUGAUGUGCGUGCGUGUGUGUGUGUGUGUGAGAGAGAGAGAGAGAGAGAGAGAGAGAGAGACUGUCAGGGUUUCCCCGUGUGUGUCUCUACGUGUUUUAGUUUGGACUAAGCCUUUUGUGUGUCUUCAAGGAACUGCUCCAGAUGGUGAUUUACAGGGGUAAAAUGACCCCUGGUGGCCAAAGCGGAGAACUGACCCAGAUUCCUCAGUGAUAGCUUUCAAGUAGAGCCUUCCACCAUCUGGUGGGAGGAUAGAGCCCCAGGCCAGGCCCUCCUGUAGCUCUAGAGGAGGCCUGAUGGUUAGCACCUGCUCCAUCUUGCUUCAUCCUUGGGUUCAAGACCCAUGCCCCGGGAGCAUAAAACGUGGUGGUAGUCCAAAGUCUCAGAACUUUGCCCUAUCCAAACUGAAUUGAACACAGUUUUUAAAAAUUACUUGAGUAUUUUUAUAUUCUGAUAUGUGAAUGAAUUCCAAAGCGAUGAAAGCUCACAGAGCAAGUAUCUUCUAACAUACUAUAUAAUUAUUUAUUUUUAUAAUUUUUAUAGUUUCCUGUCUGUUUCUCCACCCCUUCCCCCCCAGGUAGAAUGUAAGGUCCCUGGGGGCAGGGAUUUUUGUUUGCUUGGUUCUCUGAUGUAUCUCCAGCAUCUAGAACAGCUCCUGGCACAAAAGAAGUGCUUAAUAAAUAUUUGUUGAAUGAUGAAU